CGCAAGGUGAGUGUCAGCGUCAGGUUAGGCACGACGCCGCGGGGAGCCGUGAGUAACCGAAAGCCCGCGCCCACAACCGAGAAGCAAACAAAUACAUGGAGGACGGGUACGUGGUUCUGGACGGGCUGCUGACAUCCCAGGAGUGUGACGAACUCAGGCAGCGGAUGGCGGAGAUCGCGGACCAGAUGGACGUCCCGGAGCACUGCCGCACCACCUUCUCCACCUAUCACGACGAGCAGCUCAAAACACAGGGAAAUGCUGACUAUUUUAUCACCAGUGGAGAUAAGAUCCGCUUUUUCUUUGAGAAAGGAGUUUUUGACGACAAAGGGGAAUUCAUCAUACCAAAACAGCGGUCACUGAAUAAAGUUGGUCACGCACUACAUGCCUACGAGCCGCUGUACAAAAAGGUUACACAUUCACCCAAAGUUCAGGGCAUAGCUAAGAAGCUGGGUCUUGUGAGUCCCGUGAUACUACAAAGCAUGUACAUUUUUAAGCAACCAGGAAUUGGUGGGGAAGUGACACCUCAUCAAGACGCCACAUUUCUGUACACGGAGCCCCUGGGCAGAGUUAUGGGGCUGUGGAUCGCCCUGGAAGAUGCCACCGUCAACAAUGGCUGCCUGUGGUUUAUGCCGGGGUCACACAACAUCGGUAUCUCUCGGCGUAUGGUGCGCACCCCAAAGGGCACCUUUCCCCUGACGGACUUCAUCGGAAGGGAGCAGACCUAUGACGAAGAGAAGUUUAUCGCUGCACCAGUUAAAAAAGGUGGUAUAGUCCUGAUCCACGGGGAGGUGGUGCAUCGUAGUGCUGAAAACAACUCGGAAGACUCCCGCCAUGUCUACACCUUCCACAUCAUGGAAUCCCAGGACACCCGCUGGAGCCCCGACAACUGGUUGCAACCCACCGAAGAGCUCCCCUUCCCACCUCUCUACACUAAAUGAAGGAUAUCUUUUGGCUUUUGGCUGCACAGAAAAAAGACACAAGAUCCUCCCUUUCCUGAAGAAGGACCAAUAUGUAUGAACUGUUUUUAACCAGAGCAAAUGUGCUGCAAUUUCUAAUUGUUUAUCUUAUAUGGCACCAUCUGAUUCUCUAUAUGUGGGACUAGUAUGUUGCCCCUAAUCCAGAAAUGCUUCAACAGAAAAGUCAAAAGUGGAUUGAUGGUAACCAACUCACUUUUUUGCUGAAUGUAUCAAUGUGUUAAAUGCAAAGUUUUAAUAGACUGAGAAAUUAAUUUGAAUAAACAUUUUUAAACUUU